AUGUCACUGGACCGGAUAGAGGGUAAGGAGAACCUCUACGUCGGGAGCAUAUUUGCUCUCAGACGGCCCAAGGCCCUCAUGGACCAUGGCGUCACCCACGUACUCUCUGUCGUGGGGUUCAAGCACAGGGAGAUGGAAGGAGACGCAAACAGGGGUCCGACCUGGGACGACUUCAGAAACAAGGCCCAGCACAUGAUGAUCGACAUCGACGACGUAGACGACGAAGAUCUCCUAAUACACCUCCCGAAAGCCGUCCGCUUCAUAGAGCAGGGCCUCUACCCGUCGAGGACACCGCCGCCGGACGGUGGCGAAAGCUUGAGUGAAGGCGACGAGGACGAGCUCGAAACCGAGGGGGCCGUCUUCGUCCACUGCGCCAUGGGGAAAUCACGCUCCGUAGCCACAGUGGCUGCGUACCUGCUCUGGAAGCACCCGCAACGCUUUGGAAGGUCCGCGGCCUCUGCGGCUAAUCCAGAUUCGAGAAAAGGUGGCGGGAGGGACGCCGUCAACGGGGCGAUCGAGUGGAUCCGGAGGAGUCGCGCCAUGGCGGAUCCGAACUGGGGGUUCCGGUCGCAGCUGAAGCUUUGGUGGGAGAUGGGGUGUCCCGAGGACGUGGAGGGACACCCCGUUUACAGGAAGUGGGCUUACAAGAGAGAAAUUGAGAGGAGCGUUGCCUGCGGUAUGGCUCCUGAGUUGAGGUUCGAGGAUGAGGACAUAAAUCAAGCCAAGCCUGUGCAGGGUGGUCAGCCUGCGCAUCAAACCCCGCCAUCGCCGGCGGACCCCGAGUUACGAUGCCGCAAGUGCCGCAAAACCCUCGCGACGGCCCAAUUCAUCGUCGCACUAGACCACCACGGAGACGGCUCCGCUUCUAAACCAGCCGCAUCUCCCGGCGCCUGCCCGCAUUACUUUAUCGAACCGCUCUCGUGGAUGCGGUCGACGCUCGAGCAGGGUGAGCUUGACGGGAGGUUAUCGUGUCCCAAUGUCAAGUGCGGCGCCUCGGUGGGUCGGUACUCAUGGAAAGGAUUCCAGUGCUCGUGUGGAGAGUGGGUUACGCCGGCGUUUUCGUUGCAGAAGUCCAAGGUUGAUGUGGUGAAGCCCGCGAGGGUCCCUGCGGCGCUGGGGAUACGGAUGCCUCCGGGUGCGACCCCGAGGGAGAAUUUAUGA